CAAAAGGAAACGUCAAAAAUAAAAUACAUUGCUCCAUCUCAUCGCCAAAAUUGUGUUUUCGUUGGCUUUAGGAUUUCUCGAUUGUGAAAUGAAAUAAUUCAAUUUUAAUACCAUUAAUUCACAUUACCAGCUACCCGUUUAGUGCUGCUAUUUGCCCGUUCUAGUGCCAAAAGGUUUGCUUCCAAGUCAUCACCUGAGGCCGCAUCCUUUCCCCGUGUCAUUCCCAAAAACUUCGGAAGUCCUCGCAGCGAUUUCCGCGGGAAGAUUUCCCAAAACAAGCACGCCUUCACGAUCGGCCCCUUUGGGUGUGCGAUCCCAAAAUGACGGAUUCGUUUUUCGGCUUCGAUACAUCACUUCCGGUGAAGGAUGACGGGGGUGGAGGAAUCGGUGACGAGUUGGAAGAUUCGGAGGAAGAAUAUGAUGCGCUGAACGAGGAAACGUUCGGCCGGGCCCAGGAGGAGGACUGGGAGGAGCAGCACGAGGAUUUGGUCCGACUGGACCAGCGGGAAGGUGGCGAUGGGGAUUCCGGACCGGAUUCCGAUUUGGAUAUGAACUUUUCGGCGCUUCGGAUCGAUAACCUGGAGCUGGACGAUGAUAACGAAUCGGAAGCGCGACUGCAGCUGGAUCCGAGCGUUUGGACGAUGCCGAGUAAACCGGAAACGCCAAGGCCAUCGCACCAUCAUCCUCAUCAUUCGCAGCAGCAGCACCACCAGCUACCGAUGAUUCCGGGACCGGGCCCGUCGCUGAUGCACAGGCCAUCUCUGCCGGGACCGCCGCUCAUGGGUCUUCCCUCCGGUUUUCCGCUGCCCAACCCGACCCAGAUGCGGAUCUGCUCGGUCGAGGAAAUCGAACAGAACAUGAUGAAGCAACAGGCCCAACAGAAGCAACAACAACAACAGCAUCAGCAAGGUCAGCUCCGACUGCCUCCUCCCCCGAGGCAUCUUCCACCACCGCCUCAAGACAAUGGCGCUAAUCUGGCGGGAUUGGGUCGUCCCCCGCCGGGAUUCCUAUCGCCGGCAAUGAUGAGCCAACCACCGCCUGCGAUUCCUGUGGGGUUCCCACCGCCACCACUUGGGAUGGGACCUCCCCCGCCGCUGCAUCUGCUGCAAACGAACGUGCCCCCGCCCCUCUUUCCGCUUAAUGUGCCUCCGCCGAACUUCGGUGGCGAUGCGAACCAUGCGAACUUUAACCAGCGUCUGGUUCAGGAGAUCCAACAGAAUCACCCGAUGCUGAAUCGGCAGGGACAGUACGGGCAGGGCAAUCGGUACGGUGGUCAUAAUAAUAGGGGACAGCAGCAGCAGGGCGGGUACCAUCAGCAGCAGCAGCAGCGGGAUCAGAUCAAUCGGCAUAUGAAUGGCAAGUUCAAUAGGUCUGGGGAAUACGACGAGUACGCUAAUCUGAUGAGCGAGCGGGAUAAGCAGUGGCUUUUGGGAAUUCAGCUUUCACAGUUGAACAAGGAGACGCCCUACUAUAACGAUUACUACUUUUGCGUGUUCCGGGAUCGGAAAGAGCGUCAAAAGGGCGAGAUUGAGAGCAAGGCACACAAGGAUAACACCUUUUAUCAUCCCUUUUCGCAACAGAUGAUGCAGCGGAACGGCUUGAUCGGGCGAGGAGAGCGCAGGAAUUCGGAAAAGAGCCAGGAGAUUAAGGAAGUUCCGGCUAGAAAUUACACUCCCUUGCAAUUUGAGAAUUCCCUCGGAAAGCUUCAGUGUGGCAGCGUGACCGCUCCAAGAAAGAUCAUCGACCAGGACGUGGUCGCUGAAACGACAGCUAAUAGUGGCCUAGCCGUUAGUUCUGAGGUUCUAUCCCAGCGGAAGUCUCGCCAAAUUCUGUUGCACGUGGAAAAUUUGUACAAGAUUACGCUUAAGCUGGAAGAUUUGAGCAAUCCAUUGGCGAUCGAAGCGAAGCAACAGCUGAAGGAAAAGAAAGAGAGGGAGCGCUUGCUAGCACUCGAGAGGAACCAGCAGGUGGACGAUCAGAACAAUUUGACCGCCAAUGGGACAGACGUAGAUUCUGAAGAUAAUUUUGACAAUCUGUUAACAAAACUGUGUGCAGGUUUGACACCUGAAGGCGUGCUACUGAUACUGGCCGUAAGGAAAGGAAAAAUUCUGCUGAAGCGCAUACAAGCCGUUCUCAAGGAUCACACGUUCCGUUGGAACCUGUGGUGCACUGUCCUUUCCUCCUUGGCAUUGCUCCCGAAGCGAGAACGUGACGAUCCGGAAGAAUUGCUCAGUCCACUAUUUCUGCAGCUGGAAAACCACCUCAAAUUUUCCACCUCCUCUGAGCUCCUUCCACUGGUGGAAACCUUCCUGAACUCGGACAAACUGUUCCAUCAGGUUCCGCAGUGUCGGUUCCUGUUCACAACCGUCCUGACUUUGAUCGAUCGAAUGGAACAUUACCAGAACGGCGCCAGCAACAACCCUACAACGGAAAUGCUUGAACGGUGGAACCUUUUCCUGAACGAGUUGUCCCGAUCCAUCAGCGCCCAGCAAACGCCGAACAACACCGGCGGCGCUCGGAAGAUUCUACUCAAACUCGACGCGGAUUGCAAGAUCUUAAACACCCUAAAGGAUCACUUUCGGCGACAUCCCACGUUGGAUCUGGAUUUGAAGCUACUGUCCCUGAUUUCCAUCGUCGGAGAAGGGAAUGGCGCCGGGGACAAGCUCUAGUGGGACUAAGCCUGAAACCUGCUGAGAUCAAAAUCAAAACCCACGGUUCAAGGAUGGCAAAAGGUAAAGGUAUGGACAAUAGAGUGUUUCUUCUUGCUUUCUUUUUUUGAAAUUUUGUUCCAUAUUUUUUUAUUUUAACUUGAAGUUUUAAACUAUUUCCCGUUAUUUAACUUGUAGAGAAAAAAAACGGACGAUAUAAACAAAAAAAAUGUUAGGAGUAAAAUUGUAGACAUUCUAUGGAAAUCUAAAACAAACAAAAAAAAAUGAAAUUGUAACAUUCAAAGUUUUAGGUAGAUAAUAACCUUAAAUAAUAAUAAUCAUCCAAACCAUUACAACUUUCAAAGUGCAACUACAAUGAGAAUGUUUAUAUUAAUCACUUAGAAGAACACAAAGUGGACUGUGCUUGUUUCCGAAUCAAUUUCCGAACGUGUGUUGUUGCAUGAUUAAAUUUGUAAAAUGUGGAUGUGACCAUUUUUUUUCUUUUACUUUUUUCUCAAACAUGUACAUCAUAUUAUAUCGUUUCUUUUUAGUUUUUGACGACAGGAAAAUUAAGCUUAGAUUUAAUACGAACAAAAUAUGUAAUGUAGGUAGGUUUUCAUUUGUUUCUUUUCGGUUCUUUUCUUUUGUCCUAAGCUUAGGUUUCAUGUUUUCGGACAUUCAUUCAUUAUGUUCUAUUUUAUAAUCCCCUCAAUAAAAAAAAAAACAAAUAAAAAAUAUCCCACUUAUCUACUUAAGUGAUGGGCAUGUUAAUUUUAAACAAAAAAAUGGCAUACUUUUUAAACUGUAAGCAUAUCCUAUACCAACAACAACAAACAUUAUUAAAGGUAAAUUUAAA